CUCUACUAAAAUUAAAAAAAUAAUAAUAAUAAUUAGCCGGGCCUGGUGGUGCAUGCCUGUAAUCCCAGCUACUCUGGAGGCUGAGACACGAGAAUCACUUGAGCCCAGGAGGUGAAGGUUGCAGUGAGCUGAGAUUGCACCACUGCACUCCAGCCUGGGACACAGAGUGACACUGUCUCAAAACAAAACAAAACACAAAAACAAAAAAGACUCCUUAGAUUCAAACUUGAUUCUGACCUCGGUUCCACUGGUCAUAAUUCAACUACUUUGCAUCUCUAAGUCUCUGUUUCUUUAACUUCAAAAGGAAGUUAGCCUUUUCCUUGCAGAGGUGCUGAUGAUUAAAUGAGAUAAUAUGUGGAAACAUUAGGCAUGUAGCACACUCAGCAGAUGGUGGUUGGCCCCCCCUGCUUUUCCACCAGUCUGUGGCCUACAGUUUAAGUGCUGGGAAAAAGGACGUGAGAUUUGAGGCUGGGGAAAGAGGCACGGGGUUCUAGGCAAGGGAGGCAGUCUCUUAGGCCUGGAGCAAGGGGCCAGGUGCCUGGGCAGGCCACAGAGCCCCACAGUGCCCUCGCUGCCCUAUUAAUGGGCCAGGAAUCUGGAAGCCAGCCACCACAUGCCCUCAUGCCCAGGGUCUUCCUGCAGGUGGAGCUGAAGAGCCAAGAGGCUCAGAGUCUGCAGCAGCAGCCAGACCACUACCUGUGUACUGCUCUGGGAGCCCCAAUCCCACAUGAGCUGGGGUGUUGCUGACAAGCCAGGUGUUACCCACACUCGAAUGCAGUCCAAAAAUAGCCCUUCUCCUGUGUGCCUGCCUCCUGCCGCCGCCACCAUGACCACCACCAUCUGCCAGUUCACCUCCUCCAGCUCCAUCAAGGGCUCCUCCGGCCUGGGGGACGGCUCCUCCCGCACCUCCUGCCGGCUGUCUGGCGGCGUGGGUGCCGGCUCCUGCAGGCUGGGAUCUGCUGGCAGCCUGGGCAGCGCCCUCGGGGGUAGCAGCUACUCCAGCUGCUACAGCUUUGGCUCUGGCGGUGGCUAUGGCAGCAGCUUUGGGGGCGUUGAUGGGCUGCUGGCCAGAGGUGAGAAGGCCACCAUGCAGAACCUCAAUGACCGCCUGGCCUCCUACCUGGACCAGGUGUGUGCCCUGGAGGAGGCCAACACUGAGCUGGAGGUGAAGAUCCGUGACUGGUACCAGCGGCAGGCCCCGGGGCCCGCCCGUGACUACAGCCAGUACUACAGGACAAUUGAGGAGCUGCAGAACAAGAUCCUCACAGCCACCGUGGACAAUGCCAACAUCCUGCUACAGAUUGACAAUGCCCAUCUGGCUGCUGCUGACUUCCCCACCAAGUUUGAGACAGAGCAGGCCCAGCGCCUGAGUGAGGCCGACAUCAGUGGCCUGCGCAGGGUGCUGGAUGAGCUGACCCUGGCCAGAGCCGACCUGGAGAUGCACAUUGAGAACCUCAAGGAGGAGCUGGCCUACCUGAAGAAGAACCACGAGGAGGAGAUGAACGCCUUGGGAAGCCAAGUGGGCGGUGAGAUCAAUGUGGAGAUGGACGCUGCCCCAGGCGUGGACCUGAGCCGCAUCCUGAACGAGAUGCGUGAUCAGUAUGAGGAGAUGGGAGAGAAGAAACGCAAGGAUGCCGAGGAUUGGUUCUUCAGCAAGACAGAGGAGCUGAACCACGAGGUGGCUACCAACAGCAAGCUGGUGCAGAGCGGCAAGAGUGAGAUUUUGGAGGUCCGGUGCACCAUGCAGGCCUUGGAGAUCGAGCUGCAGUCCCAGCUCAGCAUGAAAGCAUCCCUGGAGGGCAACCUGGCGGAGACAGAGAACCGCUGCUGCGUGCAGCUGUCCCAGAUCCAGGGGCUGAUAGGCAGCGUGGAGGAGCAGCUGGCCCAGCUUUGCUGCGAGAUGGAGCAGCAGAACCAGGAGUACAAGAUCCUCCUGGACGUGAGGAUGUGGCUGGAGCAGGAGAUUGCCACCUACCGCCACCUGCUGGAGGGCAAGGAUGCCCGGGUGACUCAGUACAAGAAAGAACAUAAGCAUCUUCCGGUGACCACCCGUCAGGUGUGUAGCAUUGUGGAAGAGGUCCAGGAUGGCAAGGUCAUCUCCUCCCGCGAGCAGGUCCACCAGACCACCCACUGAGGACUCAGCUUCCCUGGCCAGCCCCCCAACAGGCAGGGAGGCAGCUGACCCAUCUGCCCUGCAGUCUUCAGCCUCUCCAGCCUCAGCCCCCUGCUUCAGUCCCUUCCCCAUGCUUCCCUGCCUGAUGACAAUAAAGAUCGUUGACUCAGCU